AUGGUGCCCAAAGAAAGAUGCGUUAUUUCGCGAGAAGAAGCGGAUGGCCUGAAUUUUCAUAAAACCGAACUUCUCAAAUCAGGAUCAAAUGACAGGCGCAGAGAAUCCUACAAAAGGCGUAUUCAUGAGAUGGGUCCUGUUUGUAGACCCCGAUUUAUGACUUCCAAGGAAGAAGAUGAUGGUGCAUCAUCUCCAACAUCUUGUUUUCAAGAUAAUGGUUUAUUUGGUUCCAUGGAUCUUAAGAUAGAUGCAUGGUUCAUUUCUUUAUUAUCAACACCAUCAUCAAGGUCUGCUGCACUUUUAAGUACCGAAGCUACAUUCUUUGACGGUUCCAGAGUGAAUCCUAUUGAAGAAGCAUCUUUAGUUCUUGAUCAAAGAAAAGCUGCAGAAGAAGAUGAGGUUUUUCAGGAGAAUUUGGAGGAGGAAGUGAUUUCAUGGCUGGUGACCUCAAUUAAGAAUGAGUCACAAGACACCUUCUCCACAUCAUCUUCUGAUGAAGAUGCAGAAUCGUCUUACGGUCAGUCUUCUGUUAAGGAUUCUACUGAACUUAACAAAUUCUGUUUCUCACUCUCCAAAUGGACUUCAGAUAAAAGGUCAGAAUCCAAGCUGGCGUAUUCCCAAUCUGAAUUGCAUACUCCUGUUACUAAAAGUUAUCAACUUUCUAUAUCCAGUGUUUCAUCGGUUACUGAUAGCAGUGAUGACCACUCGAUAUUUUCUUCAUCUUCUAGCUCUGAUUACUCAUCAGAAGUCGUGGAUUUGGAAGAAAUUGGUAUCGAUAAACCACUCUUUUGGCCAUCUGAUUGGGAAUCUGAUUGGAGUUCUGAAACUAAAUCCGAUUUCUUUAUUAUGUCCCCUCGUAAGAACAUUCACAAAGCCGGUGAUUCACCAAAAAGCGUUCAUCGUUCUCUAACCCCGAGAGUCCCCAAUGGAGAACUGAAUUCAGAAAAAAGCUGCAAAGGUAAGCUCGUAUUUGGCAGACGCUCAAAAUCCUCGGCUAAUUUGAAUCUGAAACAAACAAAUGGCAUCGAUGACAAUAAGAAAUCGAGAAGCAUGCCCCCACGAUUGCGAAAAUCCACCAAAACUAGCACGAAAAAUCUUCAGCUUUCUGCAUCUUCGGUUAUUGAUACCAGUAACAAACAGUCGCUAUUUUCAUCUUCCAGCUCCGAUGAUGCGUCAGAAGUCAUGACUAUUGACGACACGAGGACUAAAACACCGGUUUUUUGGCCAUCCAGUUAUCUAUCCGAGUGGGAUUCAGAUACAAAAUGGGAUUUCUUCGUUAUGUCUCCACGAAAAGACAUUUACAAAGUUGGUAAAUCACCAAACACCUCUCCAGACACUUUCAAACUCCGAGUUCGCAAUGGAAACACAAAUUCAGAAAAAAGUUGCAGCAGAAGGCUCGAGUUUAGCACCAACUCAAACGAAGUUGACACCUCGGAAAUCACAAAAACCGCAGGCGUUGGCAAUGAAGAGGACACCUCGGAAAUCAAAAUUUCGAUCCGAAAACCGGCCGGUAAGCAUAAAAUAAUAUUGGAAGAUCUUUUAUUAGUAGAGAAAUUAAGCGUACAAGGCGUCGAAGAUGUAUUGGGACUAAGGGAAUUUGAUGGGCACGAAGGCAUUGAAUCCAAAUUCAACAAAGAUGGCUUCUCAAUUCUCUGUUGUUGA